AUGAAACCGAACAUCCAGGCCUGGCCUCGGAAACAUGCUAGCACUUUCCCGAAUCCACAACUUCAUUUGCCAGAAUCCCUGCGACACCAGACCAUCGUCACAGCACAAAUGGAGGAAGUAGCCAGCUCACUGGAAUAUGCCAAGCACAAGACCAAGGGGACACCAGCGCAGAUUCUGCAGGCAAAGAUUUUCCAGCCCACAGAACAUUUGCCUACCUUUAUGGCACGAUAUGGCACUCAACAUUUGCUGGAAAAAUCCCUAUUGAAAGAAAAAGGCUACUUUGGACAUUUUGUUCAUGAUUCAGCAGCCCCGAAAGGAUUCCGACUUUGGCACCCAAGUGAGGUUGUCCUUGCCCAUGGACUUGCAGAUGUCAUGCAUAUUCCAAACGACUUCAUCUUGGCAAACAAAAUUGUAGGCAACAUGAUUGCUGUACAGCAUGCACUGUACCUCCUUACCAACACUUUGCCAAGCCUUAACGGUAGUCAAGUCAACAUGAUGGAAUUGUUUGACAAAUUUCGCCUUCACCAAUUUGGAUCCGAGACAAGCCAUUUGUUUCCUGUCACAGAUGGACAUAUGUUGAUCAAACGCAACAUGCUCUUGUUGAACGACUUUUGUGAUGCAGCUCAACAAAUAUUGACAUGGAAACAUGAGAUUCCUAUGCACGCCGUUUGGACACCAAAACAUGGCCUGAUUGAAAUGGAAAGAAUCCAUCAGCUCACAAUGCCAAGACCGUCUGCACCACCACCUUCAUCACAACUGACAGACGCAGAGGUUGACAUCGAGGACACUCUACCAGACACCUUGAUCUGGCAGCCACUGAUCCGAGGAGAAGUUCAAAUGGAGGACACCCAGCACAUGUUUUGGUAUUCCGCUGACCUGCCAGGACAUGUCAUAGCCAAAGUCUGGGACCAUGCAUUUGAGGUGAAUUUUCAAGGAGUUGACCAAGCCACAACAGCUAUCUUGAAACCAACCACCUCUUUCCAAGAGAGGGACCAUCCGACUGAAAGAUGUUGUGCCGUUCUACUGAUUGAACAGGAAUUGAAUUUGAUCUCGGUUGAACCAAAAGUGGCACUGCUCAAGCAGCACCAGAUCAGUAGCGUAGCUAGCACUCUGUAUGACCAAUUUGGCCAGAUUGCAGUUUUCCAGACCGCUUCUUUUGAUGCAGUUUUGACGGAUAGGCCUCUCCUUCACCAAAAGACCAGAAUUGAUUUGGUUUAUUUGAUUGCAGCCUUCCGACAAGUUCAAAUUUGUAUUUUUGAAAGAACGGUAGAUCAUGCAGUCUGUUUCUCUUUUCAGGGACCGGAACAGUCACAGCAAGCCGUCAUCGAAUUCUGGAACACCACAUGUGCUGAGGAAUCAUGCAGCCUUCUAGGACGGCGCAGUGAAAUUGCAAAUGACACUCUUUCUUUUGCACCAUGUUCGCAUGAUGGAAUUGCACCACCCACUGCAUUCAAGCUGGCCCUAGCCAUCUGUGCAGCCAGAACAUUGCUCGACCAGCUGAGGUGUGAAGAACCUGAUGCACCAGAAGUCCUACUGAAAUGGGAUUCUAGGCCACUUUGGAGGGGAGCUUUGCAUCCGAGCCAUGACAUUCGCACCAUAGCCAUGAUCCUGUGCCAUGCCCUUUUCCCUAUUUCCAAGGGAAAAGUGUACCGAAUUGUUUCAAAAGGCAAGCAGCAAGCACCUGAGACAACCAUGGAAUGCCUUCGCAGCACCAAUCAGCAGCCGGCUCCGAUCGUACUUUUUGCAGUCAUGGAAAUGCAUGGAGGUGGAGCCAAACAGCAGCAGAAAGCAAUCCAGCAAAAUGCACUGGCCACAGCUUUCCUGGAACAGGGACAUCCGCUUGAUUGGACAGCCAAGACUGUAGAUAGUAUCGUGGACAAAGUCAGUUUGCAUAGACUUCAAUCCAUCACCAGCCAACCCAAGAAAAGUACACGUAUCCAGAGUUUGAUGCAACUGUGUGAAGAGCUCAAAAUCCAGAUCCCGGAGCCACCGAAGCCACAAUCACGCGCAAAAAAGAAAGAGGAAUUGCCAAUCCAGCUGGGGGAAUUCACACUGGUGAAUGCUUUCUUUAUGAAUGAAGAUGGGAGCCCAGCGACACAAAUCCAAGGAAUUCGACCACAAGCCACGGGGGCUGCACCGAUCCUCAAAGAAAAUCAAAAGCUUUCCAGUGAUGAAUUGGCCAUUUUGGUUGUUGGACAUCAGUAUCCAGAAAAUGUACCAUCAGAUGAACUCACAGCCAUCACCAUCUACAAGGAAGAUUGGCCUGAUCACACCUGGAUGGAGGCGGUGCACAGCACUAGUGCUUUCAUCAGAAAGGUUCUCCAGACAGACCAGCUUGACAAAAGCCUGCAAGCAAUCUGGGGCAGAUCAUUGCGCAACGGAAGAUCCCCGGCCAGUCCCAAUGAAGCCAUUAGCAUUCAGGUUCAUGCCACGAUUGACUCAGCCAGCUUUGGAAAACUCCUACAGAAGUCAGGAUUCAACAAGCUGUACCUCACACCCAAGCAGCAAACGGGACGCCCAACCAGUGAGUACCGAAUCAUUUGGCUGCACGGAGAAUGCUCAGUUCCAAAAGCCAUCGCAAUCAGUGCCCAGACCAGCGGUUGUGCAGGUUUGGUCAAAGGCAAGAAUGGGGCGCUGGGCCUGAGAUAUCCACAACCAGCUUUUGAUGCAGCAUGGCAAGUCAUCAACCCAAAGAUUGCGCCGCCAACUGACUUUCAAGGUGAUCAGCUUUUCAAGAUUGAAAACCUGCCUUUUGGAACUAGCCACCAAAUGCUCAGCGCAUGGGCGGAGGCUAACCAAUGGACAUGCAAACCAUUCCGAGCAUUGGGACCCACAUCCUGGUUAGUCAAAGCUGCCGAUGCGCCACCUGCAGGCCUCUUGAUGUUCAACACGUCUCCGCUGUUGAUUCGCCUGAUCCAGUCAAGAGAUGCCAAGAAAACCAGAUUGGUGUUGGGGCCUCGCCAGAACCCGACUUACCAAUCAGGACCUGAAGCCGACCCCUGGGCACAAGCAGACCCGUGGUCAAAUUGGAAACCAGCCAGGCCUGCUCUGCAAGCCACAGCACCUGUAGCCCGAAACCUAGAGGGGCCGAUCGAGGCCAAAUUUGACAGCCAGGAACAAAAGAUCUCAGCCAUCCGAACAGAGUUGGACGAGCUUGCACAGAAACAUGAAAAACAUGCCAAAGCAGUCCAAGAAGAAUUUGCCAUCGCCAAACAAAGAGAAGCUGAGGAGUUCUCCAAGGUCCACUAUGGGAUGAAAAAGAUUCAAUCAGACCUGGACAACAACUUGGCCAACACCAUGAAGCAGCACUCCCAAGCCAUGGAACAGCAGUUCAGAGACCUGAAAGCCCUGUUCCAACAGUCGCAAAAGAGAUCAAAACCAGACGCAGGGGACGACCCCAUGGAGUGA